AUGGCGACUUCGGCUCCACCCAGAUUCUGCACUGACUACUCGAAAAGAGUUUCGAAAUGUCAAAAAUGUAAAAUGCAAUUAGAGAAAGGAAUUCUUCGAUUGGGAAAAAUCAUCCCCAACUUCUUCCUGGCUGCAAAGGAUCCCAGCAAACCACCACCAGAUAUGAAACAGUACUUUCAUAAGAACUGCUUGUUCGAAAUGCUUUUUAAAGCAAGACCAACAACAAAAGUGAUUGAUGAUACUGAAGAGAUUGAAGGAUUUGAAGAUUUGAAUGCAGAAGAUCAAGACGAAAUCAAGAAAUUGGUUGAUGAGCUUGUUGAGAAGAGAAGCAAGGAUGGACCGGCUGAGCCAAAGAAAACACCAGCAAAGAAGAAAACUGAUGAAGAAAAAGGAGAAGUUGCUGAGACUCCAUCGAGAAAGAGAAAGGCCGAAGAACCUGCAAAGAGUAAACGACCAACGGAAUUCAACGAGGAAUCGGAUUUUAAUUCUUUCUAUAAAUUCGUCAAAGUCUGCAACGUUUUAAAGGAGAUCUCUUCGAAAUCUGAAAAGUCAGCUGCCAUCACUUCUCUUCUUCAAAAAAAAGGAUUCGACGGUGAUCUCAUGCUCUGGCUCACGUUCUUAAUCCGUGAAUCCGAUAAACGGAACUACAAUGUUUCCGAUGAAACUCUGAUUGCCAAUUUUGCUAAGAUUCUCGAUAUGGAUCAAGCAAAAAUACAAAAAUAUGUCAACAAGAGUAAGGAUGUUGCAAUGUCGAUUUCCCACGCUCACGAGAAGAAAGUUACGAAUGAGAAGUCAAAUUGGAGUCUUCAAAAGGUUGACCGUUAUCUCGAAAAACUUGAGAAACUCGAGGAUGAAGAUGCGAUUUUGAGCCACUUGAAAUUCGCGGCCAAGCGAUUCCGUCAUGAUGAGCUGGAAGUUCUCAUUCGAUUGAUUAGAAAGGAAUUGGACACUGGAGCAGAUGCAUCGGUUAUUCUCAAAGGAGUUCAUUCAAAGGCACCAACCGUUUUCGAGGCUGAUGGAUUGGAUAACGUUGUUGACAAAUAUUACAACAACAACUUCGAGGAACCGAAAAAAGCGGACAGCAAGAAGAAAUUUGAAGCGCCAAAGUCAAAAAAGUCUCGUAGACAACAAGAGUCUGAUGAUUCGGAUGGGGAAGAAAGUGAAGAAGAAGAAAUGUCAGAUUCGGAAUCGGAAGAUGAGAAUGGAUCGGAUAGCGACAGUGGAGAAGAAAAUAUAAGUGGAUCUGAUUCUGACGAUGUAUCAGAAAUCUCUUCGGACGACGAAGAUGGAUCUCCGAAAAAGGAGAAUUCGCCGAAAAAGUUGGCCAGAGGAACAAGAACUCGUCCACGUGGAAACGAUGGAAACAUAAAGAAGAAGGAAGAGUGCCCACCAGAUAUGGAGGCUUGUCGAUACGGCGAGAAAUGCUAUCGUAAGAACAAGGAUCAUCUGGAAGAGUACUGGCAUCCAUCUCGCUAA